ACAUUUACUGUUGCUUCCUUUUUACCUCACGCUGGAUCUACAGUCAGUGUUUACAGUAGGUGAUCUCCUAAAGAAGAUAAAAAGACAGAUCAGCAGUACAUAAAAGAAUAAUGGCAGAGAUAGCAUCUGCCAUCAUCGCUGGAGUGUCACUGUUAGGAACCACCAUUGAACAGAUAUCCAGCAAUGUGGACACAGAGAGAACUGUUGCCAUUCAAAUCAGCAACUUCAGCAAACAAUAUAUCUUAAAGAAUCCAAGGGUCUUCACCACCGCAGGCUACAGCCAUAGCCCUCCACAGCCUACAGUCAAGAAAGGAACGAUGGAAUCCUGUUCUUUUACCAAAAACCCUGAAAAAACCUAUGGCUGUGUGGGAGUCCUGAUGUAUGAUGUCUGUGCAGACAAUAAGAGUGAUGCCGUCAAAUGCCUGGCCAUCAUGUUCUCUGUUCCUUACAACUACAAUCACUAUGAGAACUGGUUUGCUCUGGGCCUUUUCGAUGCCAGCCAAUCCUGUAACGAGUCUCUGUUCAACAUGAUGUAUUACGACAGCGGUCCUUUCAUCAGAGAUAACUGUUCAAGCAGUGAGCAAAAGUAUUCAGAGAAAAAUUUUACUCUGAAAGGAACAAUGUCUCCCAGAGCCAAAGCCAUCCUUAAGAUGGAAUUUUGGGAUAAUGAGCCAUGCAAACAUUCCCAUUAAAACAAGCAGCAUCACAUUGUUUCAAUUUAAUCUGUGUGUAUGCAAAAAAAAAAAAAACGUAUAAUGGCUCUGUGCAUAGUGCACAUACAUAACACACAAUUAACACAUUAACUUUACACAAUAUUAAAGAUUCCUGGUAAUUCCUUGGUAUAAGCUGUUUAUUCUGAGGUUAGAGGAGAAGAUCUGUUGUGGUAUUUUUCUGGAUUAGAAAUCUGAAUCUAUGGAGCAAAAACUAGAUACAGUAUCUAUUGAUAACCACUUGUAAACUAUUAAAAACUGCAUUUAGGCUUUGACACUUGUAAUCUCUCUUGAAUUCUCUUCCUAUGUAUGCUGCAUUGGUACAUCUGAUCUGCAAUAAAUUUCUGUGGAACGAAAAUGUAA